GACAAAAAUGGCCGGUGGGAAUUUUAUGCACAGAGUUAUUUCAUACGUUGUGAAUGAGGUUGUUGUCAAUGGUCUUGCCAACAGCCCUGCAUUUCAGAGGUUUGCGGUAAGGACAUCAAAGCAAAUUGAAAAUAUUUCGAAACAAGCUGUUCAGAAAAGGCAAGAGUUAGCGGAGCAGAUCAAGGACAUCUCGAAAAAUAUGGAAGAUUCAUUCAAGAGCCGCUGAUUUUGUUAUUCUUCCUAAAUUGCUGAAGAAAAUAAAGGUGAUGAUUUCUCUUUGCCAAGGAUUUUUGAUGAAGACUAAGAUAGAGUGUAUGUAAAUUUCUUUCGUAAUUGACCUUUGCCUGGUUGGUUUUUUCCCUUUUUUUCCUCAUGAUCUGAAGCCUUGUGUAAUUGCCUGCUUCUAGUUUACAUGGUGAACCAGAAAAACAGCAGGAUUAGGAUAUUAUGUAGUUUAUGAUAUUUUGGAGCAGCAUACUGGGCAGCUAUUUCUUUCAAAGUGUAGAAGAUUGAUUACAAAUAAUAUUGGAACUUGUGUAUA